GGAAGCCCGACAUCACUCCUCAGCCAGCUCUCACGCCUUCGCCCAUGUCCCGAAUCGUCAUAUUCGGCUUGGGAUGUGCGCUAGGAGCAGGCGCAGCUGCAAUUGCAAAUUCUCGGUCGGCGGGCUCAAGCAAAGGCAAAGAAAGAGCUCCUGAGCCGGCUCGAAACGCGUCAACGAGCACAGAGCUCAGUGUGAGAACAUCGAGCGAGCUCUUCAAAUUUGGCUACCCCGGACCUAUCGGAGAUUUGCUGAGGAGACAAGCCUACGUUGCAGCUUAUGAUCGCGUUCGCCGUCAUCCGGCAUGGACAGCGGAACAUCUGACCGCAGAUAACAUACGCUCGCCAGAGGGCAACAGACCGGAUCGCAAAGACUCGUUCUUCCAUGAAGAUAUCGAUAUCCCAGAGCGAUUCAGAGCCCGACUAUCAGAUUAUCAGCGCAGCGGCUAUGAUCGCGGUCACAUGGUACCGGCUGCAGAUGCUCGAGCAAGCCAAGAUGCGCUCAAUGAGACUUUCAAGCUUUCUAAUAUUGCGCCUCAAGUCGGCGAGGGAUUCAAUCGUGACUAUUGGGCAUGGCUCGAAUCGUAUUGCCGGAAUCUGACGUCGAGCUUUCAAGAUGUCUACAUCUUUACGAUUCCGCUCUAUAUACCCAAGCGCGAGCUAGACGGCAAAUAUCGCGUCACGUACGAAGUCAUCGGACCGCCCGACCAGAUGCCAAAUGUGUCUGUGCCGACUCACUUUGCAAAAGUCAUUCUUGCUGCCAAAGCACCUGGCGCGUUCGCUGGCGGCGAGACUAGCCUUGCUGCAUUCGUUCUGCCCAAUGCGCCAAUACCGGAGACGCAAAGACUAGAAAGCUUCAUCGUGCCAGUCGACGCUGUCGAGAGAGCAGCCGGCAUGACGCUCUUCAAUGACGACAUCAAAGCACGAUCGAAACAUCUCUGCGCAACAGUCUCUUGCCAGCUCGUCAUUCGCAAGUUCAACGAAGCUGGCAAGUUGAUUGAAGGACCCAAACCACGUCGUCAGAUAUCGGACGCAAGGUAGCGGUACCGGCUCGCGCGAUCUGGGUCGACCAAAAUGAGCUGCUCGAGAUGGGAUCCGAUCUCUUCGCCUAGAGAGUCAUGCUCUUCGCCACUGUGCAGUUUCCGUAGCAAACUUUUGUUGUGUACUAGCGAUUCUAGUGCCCACCGGCUGUCGGGAUCGAUCUCGCGCAAGUCAGAUACUGCGUCAAUCUCACGACGGAGCAAUGCCUCAUUUUCGCCCUUACCGAUCAGCC